UGAUUCGCGUUGGGAAACGUGCACGUAAAAAUCGCAGCGCUUAAAGUUGCGGCUGUCUCACGCCUUUUAGUUACGGCGUAUGGACCCCCCCACCACCACCACCACCUCCCAGCCCCCGACGUGCGCGCAUAUCUGCGAUCCCCUGCGCUGGGGUCGGGACGUGAGCGCGCCGCCGAGCGGGAUGUGAUCGUACGCUGUCAGGCACCGUUUUUACAAACAGAUUUUCAAGUUACGGCGUCCAGGAAGCGAGUAUCUUCUCCUGCUGUCCCUUUGCCUGCAGUGGUGCGUAUGUACCUGAUGGCCGACAGUGCACAGUGCCGCUCAAUCCCUAAGCUCUGAGAGCGACGGUGUGGACCUCUUGCCCCACUCUGCCAAGGGUGGAAGUUCACCAUGUACAGUGUGGAGGACCUCCUGAUCUCCCAUGGAUACAAGCCACCGAGGAACAAUGCACCCUCGUCCAGCGAGGGUCGCCGUCUUGAGGUCGCAGAGAGAGGGUCAACCUCAGACAGCCAUGGGAAAGUGGACUGCCAUAGGGAGGAUACCAGCGAAUAUGGGGAGAGGAACUGGAAAAGCAAGGAAACCAGUAGCAGUGAGGUAGAACUCCAGGGAGACUACAGGUCCUGUGACGGAAAGCUUGGAACGACCUGCCAGCCAAAACCCAAAAGAGACUUGAACUACUGGAGAAGGAGGGGCCAGGAUUUCAGUGUCCUGCUGAACCACGCCGAUAUGCGGGGGCCACAUGGGGCAGAGUACAGGGUUCAGCCACAGGGCUGGGAUGAGGCGGGGUGGCCCAGGACGAAGGUGGCGGAGGGACAGGAGCCACGGAGGACAGUGGCAGACAGGAAGUGGCAGAGCUUGGGGACAGAAGAAUGGAGGCCGGCGGUAGGCCUGGGGCAGCAGCUGUUUGAUGGAGAGAGCGAGAGAUGGGCUCGAGAGCAGCACUACACCAAGGCUGCAGAGAGUUCCGUCCACUCCAGAAGCAAAGGGAAAUCCCAGUCUCUCCCCAGGGAGCUCUUAUCAGAGAGCCUUCAGGCCAUGCCCAUCAUAGGCAGCCAGCACGUCGAUGCUACCACCUUCCUCGGACCUUACGGUAAACACAACAAAUGUAUGAGCAGCGAAGGCUUGCUGGCAGAAAGGUAUCGGCCAGCUGUCCACGCUUCCCUCUUGCCCCGGUUCGGCCGACCGGUCAAGCCACCUUCCUACGACGCCCACCAGCAGACGCGGAACAGCUCCGAAAUGCUCGCCGGAGACCAAGGGCCCAGGUGCAGAUCCGGGGACAAGUUGGGCGGUUGGUCGAAGACUGGGGAGAUGAGGCAGGACAGCUUAACAUACCAGCCUGCAGGCUCUGGAUUAGGGCCUCCAGGGUAUAUUCCUCCACCUUCCUACAAGAGGCCAUUGAAUCAGAAGAGGGAUCAAAAAAACUACGAUGAAGUUUCCCACUUCCGAUUGAAGGGGGAUUUGCAUCCAGGCACUUGGGAGGCAUUGAAGUGGUACUCUAGGCCAAGGGGAGGUUCUUGGAUAGACUACCAGGGAAACAGAAGUGUUCCUUGCCAAAAAAUGACUAACCCGGGGUACUGGGAUCAGCAUCUAGGAUGUGUGCAGUACUUGCCGUUCAAUGACCCACGUUUGCGACACAUCUCAGGUGGACAGUGUGGGAACUCUCUGACCGACGCAGACAAGAUCAGAAACAUCCACCGAGAGAUUCCCAAUGCUAAAGUGUUAGAACAGUCUUCUCAUGAUAGUGCCUUUCUCCCCAACGAGGGGCUAAUUCCCAGCACAGAUGUUAGCAAAAUAUCAGUUAAUGAGAAUGACAGCAGCAGUGGGUGGUAUGGUGGCUUGCACAGUGGGAAUGAUAAUCCCAUCACAUUUGACCAAAACUGUAACGAGUAUCACAGAGAAAUACAGACAGCAAAACUCAGGCAGAAUGGAAGUGCAGACCAAGAGUUCUCUGAUUCAUCAGCACAGCUGAAGAACAUUUCACCAGAUGCAAUGGAGACCACAAAACCAGUAAAACGGAAAUCCGAGACCAUAUUCUGCCUGGUUUCAGUUCCUGUUCAUUUGCAGUCUAAUAGGAAAAAUUCUGAUCAGAAUAACAACGAAACUCUGCCAGACCCAGCAGAACAAAGUGCUCCCAGCACUGAAAGCAUGGACCAUUUGCAAAACCAAAGUCUCCAAAUUACAUCCUCCACAAGUCUGGAGCUGCCACUACCUUUAAAUGGUGCGACAAAUAGGAUAUCUAUAGGGAAGUCCAGUCUGAAGGAGUCAGUACCAACAAAGUCCCUCCAGCCCAGCAAACACAUUGGCCUGCGAUACUCCAGCUCCUGGCCUGGAGAUCAGUACAGAGACCAGGAGACACAGACCUCCUCCUCAGAGGCCACUGAGGGUUCUUCUCACAGCUGCUUGAGUUUGCAAGCACAAGACCAGGGCCAGCCUGUCUCUGACACCAAUGUGGAAGGAAGCCUUACGACAGACUAUAGCAGCAUGUACAGUUUUCAUGCCAUGAAGGGCCAGAAGACCCUGCAGCCCUCUAGUAACAGUGCUUUCUCCAAGACCUCAACAUACUCAGAUUGGCUUAACAGGAGCACAGAUCCAAUGGGACGUCCGACUAGGAAGCAGAAAGAGAAAGACAGCCUCUUGGUGCGAAAUAUAGAAGCUGUGCCUGCUCUAUGCAAUGGUGAAGAAGCCUUUGGUCAGUUCAUGCUGAAGCCGGUUGGUCGACGCCCAUGGGAUGCAAUUGAGGAACUUGAAUCAUUCAACAAGGAGCUUCAGGACCAGUUCAGCCAAGAAGUCAGCGUUGACAAGUGCAUGGAAGACAUCGACGCGGCAUGCAGAGACCUUUUGGAGUGCAGGACCAUCGGCAAUAACACUGGAAACGACAAAGUGCCGGUCCGCAAGCUAGCAAAGGAAAGCAGGUUAUCUGCGGAAUCUCACAAGAAAGCUACAUCCGCAUUCCGCAGCAGGACUGCCGUUGGCGAUCCACAAUACAGGGAGGGGAAGAGUGCAUUUUCCAGACCCGUGGCUAAGGCGGUGAGCUUUAGCGACCAUUUGCAGAAUGAUGUUCUUGUCCAGUCAGAAGGUAGCUUUGCAAACUAUAGAACUCCUGGUCAGAUGAUAAAAAAGACUGAACCCAAAUGGGUUUCUAAACCAAGUGUCCCCGUGUCUCUAAACAAAGAUGUCGGUUUUACCGAACUGCCUUCCAGUAAUGUGCAGUGGGCCGCAAAGGAGCCUGUGCACGAUGUCUCUGCACUGUCAUACCCUCCUGAGUUUGAGGAUUUUUGUCAUUCCUUACAGUUGACACAUGAAUCUGAAGCCUGGACCACCACAGUUCCAGUGAAAUCAAGACCUCUAGACAUGGAUGUAAUAUCUCAGGAUUCGUGCAAGGCCUUUAGUUCUGAUUCCAAACAGGAGAGCUGGUUUUCUACAACAGAGACAGAAGGGACAGGAAAGAACCGUAUCCCACGUUUCAGUGGGGUGAGGAGUGUGAAUGUGCUGAAAAGUCACAGGCUUCGUGGCCAAGGGGGUCCCAUCUGGAUUGUGAGUAACAGGCUAACCGAAGAAAAGAACUCGAAAGGAGUAAGUGUUACAACUAGUGACUGGAGGAGUCAACUGUCAUUAUCGGAGGAGCACCUGGAGAGUCUCCAUAUCAAAGCGAAAACAAAUAGCAUGCCAGAGGAUCUGAGCACUCUGUAUGAAGUGAAAUGUGCUGAGGGCAUUCCAGAGAAUGAGCCGAUAGAGCAGAGGGCGGCCCGGAUAUUGGGAAUAGAAGUGCCCGCAGAGUCUUUAUUUGUGGUGGACCAGAAAGGAGAGAGAGAGAUGAUUGAAAGUUCAGGGAAGGGUGUGGCUUUCCCCAGCCAAGAAGUUCCGGAGACAAGUGGUAGUGAAAAUCAGAACUUAAUCACACAAAGUAAAGAGGUUAAAGAUACACAGGCUAAUGAAGAGGAGCUGGAUGUGGAGCUGGCCGUCCCCACUGGUGAAGACGGCCUAGUUACACUGACAGCUGGGGAUAGCUCGGGGAACUGCCUGGAUCUCGAUCCAGGACUUCCAGAUGAGCUCCUGGGAGAUGAAAUUAAAAUGUGCGCGGCUAUCAGUGAUGACGACGAGUCUCAGAGGGUUGGCGACAUCUACCAGAACCACAGUGGCCUCUCCAUGACACCUGAGAUGUUACAAGAUUUGAACAGCACAUUAUCCUGCCAAACAGAUCCAGAGAGGGUCAGGGAAGCUCAGCAACCCCAGUCAAGACACCUCAUUUUUAGAAGCUCUGAAGGGGACGUGGAAGAUGGGACCAAGAGGGAAGAGCAGCUGGUGUCAGAGGACUUCUCCCGGACUCGCCGACCGUCCCGUGGGGGCACGGUCGCCAAGCGAGAGAUCACGCUGGACCUCUGUUACCCACCUGACAGUACUCUGAUGCAAGACAUGGAAAUGCCAUCCUUCUCAGACCCGUAUGACCCCAGCCACGUGGAGAGAGUUUAGCCCCAAAUCGCCACCUCACCCGGAGAUGGAGUCCCCGCACUGUGACGCUUCUUCUUCCCCACAAGAACCACCCCCCCAUCUCGUCCCCAUGGCUCAGCAAUGGCCUUCUUAUUCGAGAUAAGCGAUGUUCACGCUCCUCUCCAGGCUUAAGAACUGUUCCACGGCCGACACGGAGUAGGCCCCCCCCCACAUAUGGCCAUGUUGACUGGCCAGCGUUAUGCAAUUACACUGCACAGUCAUGAGUCCUCUAUCCCCUGCCCUAAUCUCCCUGAAGCCAACACGACAGAGAGUUCGUCUCCAGCAAGACCGCGAGCCCCCGGUUCUCCAGACGAUCCGGCCGCGUCACCGUCACAGUUACCAGUGACAGAGCUGGAAAGUUUCGCGGAUUCUUGUUUGUUUAUAUUUAAUUGGCUAUAAUAAUCAUGCUCCACUCUUAUGUGCUUCAGUUCUGUAUCACAAAUCCCACCGAAGCUGAAGCCGUUUCUGAGUGUGGGAGGUGCGGGGCUUUUGGGUAUUGCCACGUAGGGAAUGUGGAAUUUAUGACUCUGGCCAUAAUAAAUGACUGGGGGGGGGGGGGGGGGGCACCCAAAUGACAAGCAAAUUACUUUUCACAGAGUAUUUAUUUUAAUUGCAUCUAAAUCCUAAUCAAGCUAUACAAUGUAAAAAUUAAAGGAUAUUUUAACUAUUUUUGUAUUUAACCAUACUUUAUUUACCCACUUUAAUCAAGCUGGAAAUACAUUAUGCCUGUAUAUUACAGUAGUUAUAUAUUAUGAAAUAUAUAAUUUUAUAGAACAGUGAAUGGGGAAAGGUGAUGUUAAUCUUUGCAUGCAUGGAUGGCUGCAGUGUGCUUUCUGUCACAUUCCUGUCUGUCCCUAACAGGUCAUGGCCGUUAAUCUAUGCUGACACGAUUUGAUUAGGCAUAAGAAAAUGAUUAAUAUUAGAAAUCCUGUACAUUCAUGCAGAUUUAUGCAUCUCAGAAAUCAUUAGAAUGAACAUGAAUGUAGGAGUGAUUUAAUAACUUACCUUUGUUGUCUGAAAACCAAAUUAUUUUUAUGGCACAUGUAAGUAAUUUUGAAGGAAUAAUUUAAUGUGAACACUAGAAGCCGCUUCAUGUCAAAUACAGUGAGAGUAAUUAUUUCAUAAAUUCCAUUAACGAGGAAAUAGAUUUGAGACUUUUGUGCAAUACUAUUUGCCAAAUUAACCAUGUAGAAAUAUUAUACUUUUUUGCAGCUGUGUAUCUGUACACAUAUGGCGCAUAUGCAGCUGAAUACCAUGGAGUCGCUAUGCAAGGCUUUGUGUUUGCAGUGUUAGCCAUUUUCGUCUGUAGCCAUUACAAACAUCUGAUCAGCCUUUUAGAAAACAAUCCAGCAACUGAGUCGGACUUACGCAUAUAAAAAUUAUUCCCAUAUUUUUGCAAAGAGGCCUGUGAUAUAUGGGUUUAUCUCAGGGGUUUUCAGCCUUAAACUUAAAUGAGAGACCUACAAAAGAAAAAACAGAAUUUGGGACUAAUGGUAACUAUGUAAUUAUGAACUAAGGAUGGGGGGAGGUGCUUUAAUGUUUCUUCUUCUAAGGUGUCCUUAGAAUAUAUAUAUAUUUUUUCAUUCUGCAUAAACCAAAUGACUGUACUUAAGUUUCCUCAAUUUGUGACACAUCCCUGCAGUUCCUACACUGACCCCCAGGGGGUCCCACACUCCAGGUUGAAAACCCCUGGUUUAACUGAUUGGUUCACAGUUUCCACUACACUUCUUUGAGGAAGAAGUAGUGGUGGGGCUUUUGUGGUGACUGCUUCUCCUGAGAGCUUCAUCUCAGCUCAUUAACCAUCUCUGCCGCUGAAUCUGCUGGUUAUCCCAAGUCACAAAAUGUUGCAAUCUUCUGGCCCUGUAGGCCAGCCAUUGGAGUUACAGUGAUGUGAAAAAUUACACAUCUUUUGAGUGUUAUUUUGAAAAGUAAAGCCAGACAACUGAAAGAGGGUGUACUUUCUUUUUCACUUCAUUGUAUGGAUCAUUAAUCUUUUAUAUUGAAGGCUAACGUGCAGCAUAGACUGUUGUACACACCUUAUAGUAAUAUUGUCUAUUUUCAUAUGAAAUUUUAGUGCUUUUUUUGUACACUGGCAGAUUUGUCCCCUUCCUUGCAUGAAACAUGGGGAAGACGAAUAUAUAUUUGCAUUUGGUAUGCUGUUGAUCUAACAGAUAACUAACCAUUAUUUUUCAUAUCGCAUAUUUUUAUUUACAAAUCUAUGCCAAGUACUUAAAUGCGAAAUAUAUUUUUAGAGUAUAUUAAAUGGAAGUCAUUUCUGUUUCUUUGAGGUACGUCUAUACCUUUUAUAUUCAUAAAACAUGCAAAGCAAACUGAAAUGGUCAUAUGAUGUGCCACCAUUGUAAAAUGACGAGGUUCAUAAAUAAACUCUUUGCAUGUA